UUAUGGAUAAAAUCUAUGGCAGCCCUCAGAAAUAUACCAAAAAAUACCGUGGCGAUGGUGGAGGUGCAGCUGGACCCCGACACAAAGGUUCCGCCCGGAAUGCUAGUGGCGUUUGCGAUCUGCACCACUAUGCUGGUGGCCGUGCAUAUGCUGGCUUUGAUGAUUAGCACCUGCAUCCUGCCGAACAUCGAGGUAGUGUGCAACCUGCACAGCAUCUCCCUGGUGCACGAGUCGCCGCACGAGCGCCUGCACUGGUACAUUGAGACGGCGUGGGCAUUUUCGACGCUGCUGGGGUUGAUCCUAUUCCUGCUGGAGAUAGCCAUACUGUGCUGGGUAAAGUUCUAUGAUCUGAGCCCGCCGGCGGCCUGGUCGGCCUGCGUGGUGCUGAUACCCGUGAUGAUUAUCUUCCUGGCUUUCGCCAUACACUUCUAUCGGUCUCUGGUGACGCACAUGUACGAGGUGACGGUCUCCGGCAUACGGGAGCUGGAGAUCCUCAAGGAGCAGAUGGAACAGGAUCACCUCGAGCACCAUAACAACCAUGCCGCCGGCGACAUCGUUUAG